AUGAAAUCUCAUAGUAUGGUGUGCAUCACCAAAACUGGAAAUAUGUUGGAUACACAAGUCGAUGUAGUCACAUAUAACGUUAAUAAGGACUGUGAAAUAGGACAAACAAAUAACGAGGGAAUCGCAAUGCUAGAAGACACUAAAUUAAUAAACGCAAAAUCUGUCUCAAAAGAACCAAUAAAAUUAAAUUAUAAUGAUGUUUCCUGUGAUUGUUUAGAAGAUUUGAAAAUUGAUGAUUCACUUAAAACAAAAAUUCAAGGACUAACUAAUAACGGUUCUCACCAAUUAAACGCUGAUAGAACUGUAUCUUCUUUAAAGACACAUGUAGCGAAAGAAACUAGAUUUGAUAAAACAAAUGUUAUAACUGAAACGACCAAUAAGGACCAACAUGAAAUAACAACAAAACGGCAAACCGUCUUCUGCCAGUGUUCACUUCACAAUAUAGAAACAAAAGACGCUCGUGACCGACAUUACGAAACAGAACAGGAAAUAUCUAAAGAGGUAGGUAUCAUGCCAUUAUAUUACUCGCAUAUGGUGUUCGAUCUCUUAAAAAUUAUCACCAAUUACUUCCAUUGUUACAAAACCGCAGAGUUUUAG